AUGAUAUCGAACUACCAAGUUGGCGGACCCGUUCAAGGCUGGAACGAUUGUCCCGAGAUGACCAGUGCCCGUGUAGUUAGCGGCGGGAAGCGCAAAAGACCACUUCGUGUGGCCCAUGAUUUCACCGGAGGUAUGACGGCCCCAAUGAUGCCCCAGGGGAAGGUGGUACUCCAAGCCCCAGCACGCAAGACUACCGUGACAACAACAUAUACCCAGCCGGUAGCCAACAAGGAUGAUGUCCGGUUACAGCAUUCAAACACACACGCUACUGGCCCGGCACCGGCAAGAGCCUCAUAA